AUGGGCGGGGAGGCGCCGGAGCCCCGGUGGCUGACCCGCGCGCUGAGCAUCGGCGGCGGCGACGGCGGCUGGGUUCCCGAGGAGAUGCUGCACCUGGUGAUGGGGUUCGUCGAGGACCCGCGCGACCGGGAGGCCGCGUCGCUGGUGUGCCGCCGGUGGCACCGCGUCGACGCGCUCUCGCGGAAGCACGUCACGGUGCCCUUCUGCUACGCCGUGUCCCCGGCGCGCCUGCUCGCGCGGUUCCCGCGGCUCGAGUCGCUGGCCGUGAAGGGGAAGCCCCGCGCGGCCAUGUACGGCCUCAUACCCGACGACUGGGGCGCCUACGCCCGCCCCUGGGUCACCGAGCUCGCCGCGCCGCUCGAGUGCCUCAAGGCGCUCCACCUCCGCCGCAUGGUCGUCACGGACAACGACCUCGCCGAGCUCGUCCGUGCCAGGGGCCACAUGCUGCAGGAGCUCAAGCUCGACAAGUGCACCGGCUUCUCCACGGAUGGACUCCGCCUCGUUGCCCACUCCUGCAGAUCACUGAGAACUUUGUUUCUGGAAGAAUGUCAAAUUAACGAUAAAGGCAGGGAAUGGAUCCACGAUCUUGCAGUCAGCUGUCCUGUUCUGACAACAUUGAAUUUCCACAUGACUGAGCUUCAAGUGAUGCCAGCUGACCUAGAGCUUCUUGCAAAGAGCUGCAAGUCACUGAUUUCCUUGAAGAUUAGUGACUGUGAUCUUUCAGAUUUGAUAGGGUUCUUCCAAUUUGCCACAGCACUGGAAGAAUUUGCUGGAGGGACAUUCAAUGAGCAAGGGGAACUCACCAUGUAUGGGAAUGUCAGAUUUCCAUCAAGACUAUGCUCCUUGGGACUUACUUUCAUGGGAACAAAUGAAAUGCCUAUUAUGUUUCCUUUUUCUGCAAUACUGAAGAAGCUGGAUUUGCAGUACACUUUCCUCACCACUGAAGACCAUUGCCAGCUUAUUGCAAAAUGUCCAAACUUACUAGUUCUCGCGGUGAGGAAUGUCAUUGGAGAUAGAGGAUUAGGUGUUGUUGCAGAUACGUGCAAGAAGCUCCAAAGGCUCAGAAUUGAGCGAGGAGACGAUGAAGGAGGUGUGCAAGAAGAGCAAGGAGGGGUCUCUCAAGUGGGCUUGACGGCUAUAGCCGUAGGUUGCCAUGAACUGGAAUACAUAGCUGCCUAUGUGUCUGAUAUAACCAAUGGGGCCCUGGAAUCUAUCGGGACAUUCUGCAAAAAGCUCCAUGACUUCCGGCUUGUUCUUCUUGAUAGAGAAGAGAGGAUAACAGAAUUGCCACUGGACAUUGGUGUCCGAGCUUUGUUGAGGGGCUGCACCAAACUUCGGAGGUUUGCUCUGUACUUGAGACCAGGAGGGCUCUCAGAUGCAGGUCUCGGCUACAUUGGACAGUGCAGUGGGAACAUCCAAUACAUGCUUCUCGGUAAUGUUGGGGAAACUGAUGAUGGAUUGUUUAGUUUCGCAUUGGGAUGCGUAAACCUGCGAAAGCUUGAACUCAGGAGCUGUUGCUUCAGCGAGCGAGCUCUGGCCCUCGCAAUACUACGUAUGCCUUCCCUGAGGUACGUAUGGGUUCAGGGCUACAAAGCGUCUCAAACCGGCCGAGACCUCAUGCUCAUGGCGAGGCCCUUCUGGAACAUAGAGUUUACACCUCCCAAUUCCGAGAACGCAGGUCGGUUGAUGGAAGAUGGGGAACCUUGUGUAGAUAGUCAUGCUCAGAUACUUGCAUACCACUCCCUCGCCGGUAAGAGGUUGGACUGCCCACAAUCUGUGGUCCCUUUGUAUCCUGCGUGA